GCUACAGCCGACGAUUCUUAAAAUUUUUACUAAUUUAUAAUACAUCGUCUUUAUAUUAUGUUUGUUGAACUCCAGAAAAAAUAAACGAUUAAUUAAUAAUAGUAUGUGAUACUUCUUUUAAUAAAUAAAGAUAAUAUGGCUUCUCGUUGUUUAAUGUUAUUAAGAAUUUUCAAAAAUAAUACUCCGUCUACUAUUCGUCGUAACCUAAUGUCAUGUUCAGUCCCAGAAGACAAAAGAAUUUCUACACCAAAGGAAUACAAAACUGAAAAGAGUCUUAUCUAUAUAGAAGAUCCGGACACUUUUGGUACUUUAUCAUUGAAAUCUCCGUCACACAAUGAUAUUUUGCAGGAUGAAGGAGAUAUUAAAGAAGAACAAUAUUCACAAAAUAAACCAUUAAAAUCACAACAAUUAACCAUAGGACAAUAUGCUGAUUUAAUUAAGCAAUAUUUGAAAUACAAAAGAUUUAAAGAGGCUAUGGAUGUUUUAGAAGUUAGAAUGUUAACUCAAGAUAGGGUAAAACCUGAAAAUUAUAUUUAUAAUAUUUUAAUUGGAGCCUGUGCAGAGGUUGGUUUUACAAAAAAAGCAUUUAAAUUAUAUAAUGAAAUGAAAAGACGUGCUCUUAAACCAACUGGAGACACAUAUACAUGUUUAUUUGAAGCAUGCGCUAAUAGUCCAUGGCCUUCAUAUGGUUUAAAAAAUGCAAAACAUUUACGGUCACUUAUGAUUGAAAAAGGAAUUGAACCAAAUUUAACAAAUUACAAUUCAAUGAUAAAGGCAUAUGGUCGGUGUGGCGACAUAUCAGGAGCAUUUAAAAUAGUUGAUGAAAUGGUCUCUAAAAAAAUUAAAAUAAGAGUUCAUACAUAUAACCAUCUUUUCCAUGCCUGUAUUUCUGACAAAAACACAGGGUUAAGACAUGCUCUUGUAGUUUGGAGAAAGAUGUUGAAAUCAAGAGAGAAGCCUAAUAUAUAUUCAUUUAAUUUAAUGUUGAAAUGUGUAAAAGAAUGUAAUUUAGGUACUAAGGAAGAUAUUGAAGAAUUAAUAUUUAUAAUUCAAAGUCAAAAUUUAAUUGAUGUUAGAAGAUCUAACACUACUUUGCAGAUAAAUACAAAAGGGGAGAGCACACUUGCUAUUAAAGAAAAAGCUAAUCAAAUAUUUCUAGAAUCUACUAUAUAUCCAGUCAAUAAUGAAAACAAUAAGGUUAAUCCUAUAGAGAAAAUGGCAAUAGGUUCUGAAAAAAAGACAUUCGACAGUGAAUCAAUUCCAUUAACAGAUAAUAAACAAUUAACUGUUAGUAACAAAGAUGAGAAUGUAACUAUGGAACUCAUUGGGGAAUUAGCUAAACCACUAAUAGAAGAAAGAGCAGUACCAAAUUUACUUUCAAAAGUUUUACAAAUGGAUAAUGUACUGUCAUUGCAGGAGGUUGAAACUGUACAAGAUAAAUUUGCUGUUUUAGGAGGAAUGGAAGAUUUUCUAAAGGAAAUGAAAAAAGCAGAUGUGAUACCUGAUAUCAAAGUUUUCACACAAAUGCUGCCAUUAGUUGAAGAAACUAGGGAAGCUGAGAUGCAAUUAAUUGAUAGUAUGAAAGAAUUAAAUGUUAUACCUGAUAUAGAUUUUUACAAUAUGUUAAUUAAGAAAAGAUGUUUGAGAUCUGAUUAUGACGGUGCCUUUGAUAUAAAUAAUAUGAUUGAAGAUGAAAGCAAGUUACGUAAAAAGAGGUACCCAUUGAAGAAAAAAUUAAGGUUAAAACGUAAUAUAAUGACAUAUGGUGUUCUUGCUAUGGCUUGUAAAACUAAAGACCAUGCAGAUAAACUGCUUAAUGAAAUGAAGACUGCACAAAUUAAGGUAAACAUAGAAAUUUUAGGAACUCUACUCAAACAUGGUGCUACACAUGCUAGGUUUAGCUAUGUCCUUUAUAUAAUGAAAAUUGUGAAAGAAGAAAAUAUAAUAGUGAAUGACAUAUUUAUUAAACAUUUGGAAGCCUUUAAUGAUAAAUGUACAACCAUAAUUCAGAAUAAAGAAAAUAAACAGCAAGACAUAUUUGUCCAAUCUUAUAACAAAUUUUUAGAGUACUACAAGAAUUGGUUAGAAGAUGUCAAUAUAGAGAAGGCACUGCAACGAGAACAUCCUUGGGUACAAUUUAAGGAAUCUUAUCCAGAUACAGUACAACAUCAGAAUAUAAAAAUUCAAGAACCUAAAAAGUUUUAUAAGAGAAAUAAGAAAUAUGUUAAAUAUAAAGUAUUGAAAUAAGUAAAAUAAAAAC